GUCUGAUUGAUGAAUGUGUGUUGAGUGAAUGAGGGGUCCACUCCUCCGAACAUGGGUCAGCACCCACUGCACCGUGCCCAGGGAGGGAGCCUUCUCUCUGGGAUUGACUCACCUCUGACCUCCGGCAGAGUCAGUGCAACUAAGCUGCUCACCAGUGCGACGGAAUCCACCAGCAGCGACUGGUUAGUCACAUGACCAGGGAGCCUCUCUCUCUCUUUCUCUUUCUUUACCCCUCUCUCUCUCUCUAUCAGUGUGUGUUUUAGUUCCGUGUUCACCAAGGGACUGAAUGAGUCUCCACGGCCGGUGUGUGUCAACCUUUUACGCCGCUGCGGGGAUCGGCCAAGCGCGGAGAGCAUCUUCCUCCUCCUCCUCCUCCUACUCCGCCUCCACCUCCUCCUCCUCCUCCUCCUCACGCAGUCGCUUCGCCGGGACCCACUCUGGACCAUGCUCACGCGGGUGAAGUCUGCGGUGGCCAGCUUCAUGGGAGGCGUGAUGGCCGGUGGCACCAACGGAGAGCAUCCAGGCGGCGGCGGAGGCUCGGAUCUGCCGCUCCGGUUCCCGUACAGCAGACCGGAGUUCCUGGGACUCUCGCCGGACGAGAUCGAGUGCUCGGCGGAUCACAUCGCGAGACCGAUCCUCAUCCUGAAGGAGACCAAGCGGCUGCCGUGGUCCACCGGCUACGCAGAAGUGAUCAAUGCAGGGAAGAGCACAUUAAAUGAGGACCAGGCCUGCUGUGAAGUGCUGCUGGUGAAAAGGAGACCGGCAGGAAGCAGCACACCCAACCGGACCCCGCUGACCCGCAGGAGGUCCUCCCUACCGAACGGAGAGGGCCUGGGUCUCCGGGAGAACCUGGACGGCUCUGAAGACCUAACCUUCCACUACUGGGCGUUGUUCGACGGCCACGCCGGCUCUGGGGCAGCUGUCAUGGCCUCCCGUCGUCUCCAUCACCACAUCGCCCUGCACCUUCAGGAGGUGAUGGAGAUCCUCUGCACUCCGAACCUGCUGCCACCCACAUGCCUGGGCGAGGAGCCCAUCAAUCACCAUCUCACCCCGACAUCCCAACGCGCCCUCACCAGGGCUGCGUCUCUCCGGGGCGCCGCGGGGGCUCCGGGUUCACCCAGCACCCCACCUACACGCUUCUUCACGGAGAAGAAAGUUUUGCACGAGAGCCUGGUGAUCGGAGCCAUUGAGAAUGCCUUCAAAGACAUGGAUGUACAGAUUGAAAAGGAGAAGGCCGUCUACAACAUCUCAGGUGGCUGCACUGCUCUGGUGGUCGUGUACGUACUUGGGAAGCUCUUCGUUGGGAACGCUGGGGACAGCAGAGCGAUCAUCAUCCGAGCCGGGGAAGUCAUCCCCAUGUCGGCAGAGUUCACACCCGAGUCAGAGAGACAGCGACUCCAGUUCCUGGCGUACAUGCAGCCCCACUUAUUAGGGAACGAGUUUACACAUCUGGAAUUCCCCAGGAGAGUGCAAAGAAAAGAGGUUGGCAAGAGGAUGUUGUACCGUGACUUCACCAUGUCGGGAUGGGCAUAUAAAACCAUCGAGGACGAUGACCUCAAGUUUCCCCUGAUAUACGGCGAAGGGAAGAAGGCUCGGGUGUUGGCGACCAUCGGCGUCACAAGAGGUCUUGGCGACCACAAUCUCAAAGUGCACGACUCCAACAUCUACAUUAAACCCUUCUUGUCCUGCUGCCCUGAGGUGAGAGUUUACCCACUGACACAGUGCGAGCACGGAGCAGACGACGUCCUGGUGCUCGGGACUGACGGUCUGUGGGACGUCCUCUCCAGCCAGGAAGUAGCUGAAGCUGUCACCUCUUUCCUGUCAAACUGCGACCCCGACGACCAGCACAGGUACACGAUGGCAGCUCAGGACCUCAUCAUGAGAGCACGCGGCGUGCUGAAAGACCGCGGCUGGAGAAUAUCCAACGACAGAUUAGGCUCCGGAGACGACAUCUCUGUCUACAUCAUUCCCCUCAUGUAUGGCAACAAGCAGAAUUAGCAGAGAGACUGAAACUGCAACACGGCACCAAAAUAUUAUAAAUCCCGCCUUGAACUCCCAACUUUCACUUCUGCAGUUUCCCUCAUUCCCUCGUGCUCUGUUUUGAAAAGUGCUUUAAGUAUAUGAACUUCCUCUCUCUGGUUGAGGGAUACGACACUUUACUGGUCAGAGGUGGGAUAUCUGCCCAGGCCAUUUUUCCCCCGUAAAUCAUCUGAGGAUGAUUUUACCACGUCUUUUAUUCUUGUCUUUUUUUAUAUAUAGAAAAACUACCGGACGCCUACCUAUUUGCUGAAUCAUGAAACGCUGAACUACAGAUUUCUCCCCUGAAUCAUGGAAUUCUGUAUUUCACCGAGUAAGCCAUCCGGAAAACCUUGUCGUGGGCGAGAUGGUUAUAUACAUCUCAGGAUCGCUGUUACUAACUAAUGCACAAUAUUCAUAAAUGUGAACUUGUAAAUACUCCCAGAUGAUGUAACACAUUUGAUAAGUGUAUUUGGUUGAGAACCUGUACAGUGUAAAAAACUUACCUGAGGACUGAUGUCGUGUAUAUAUAUGAAUUUUACCUCCUCUUUUCCAUGUAGACGUUUUAAUGUAGCCAGGUUAAGUCAUAAUCGGUUAUGGGAAUGGAAAAAAAAAAAUCCUGUUUAUUUGUACCCGUUGCAUUGAAAUACUGUACUCACUAAAAAGGAAAAUGAAGUAACAUGUUUGUGAAGAAAACAAACAGAAAGAGUCCUGUUGACCCUGCUGCCAUCAUCUCAUUACACUGUUAAAUGUAGCCCCGUGUUUAAAUGUAUUCUGAGUUCAGAAGGAAAAACAAGUCAAAGUCUUUUCAGUUGCACUUUUUCAUCAUCAGCCAUCUACCUCAAUGUUCGUCUGUUCUUGUCGACCUCCUCGAGCGGCUGUUUGCACACGACGUUGGCUGCAUCCUCAGCUGCUGCCUGUGCCAUUAUUUACUGACAUUCCCAUAUUUGCUUCUGUAGCUACAAUAUUUUGUAAAAAAUAAUGUAUUCAGAAAAGCACCAAAGCAAAAACUACAAUUACUGUCCUGCAGUUUAAUGCCUCUGCUACCCUGUACAGUUUCAGCCCCUCCAGGUGUUCCUGACAUAUUUCAUCCCCCCCCCCCCAAUCUAAUCUAGUCCAAGUGAACAUUUGUGCCAAAUUUGAAAGAAUUUACUGGAGAUGUUCAGUGUCAGAUCAAAUAUGUGUGUUGUGGGGGUCACAGUGACCUUGGCCUCUGACCUUCAACCAAAAAAUUCUAAUCAGUCUAUCAAUGAGUCCAAUUGAACGCUUCUACCAAAUUUGAAGAAAUUCUCUCAAGGUGUUUUUUAGAUAUUGUGUUCACAAGGACACGACAUAGGAGGCAUAAAAAAGAAAAAAAGUCCUUGCUAUGAAGAUAAAGUCAUCCUAAUAGCAGGUCCCUCUUAAGCUGCUUUCAGACAUUCAUUCAGACAUUCAGUUCCUCUGUAUUUUCUCCCGAGGAGGUGCAUGUGUGAGUGAAAAUGUCCGAGUGAGACGCUCCGCAGUCUCUGCUGAUUUUCUCCACCUGGCCCCUCCUAGUAUAAAGUCUGUGUGAGAACACAGCAGGGGACCCCCCCGGUUGGCUUCACCGUGAGCGAGUGGGGGGGCCUCUAACUUGUUAGAUAUACGCAAAAAAGCGUAGAAGACAACCACAAAGAUGUCAAGAGAGUUUGUCGAGGUGCUUUGAACAUUAUCACGUGAUCUCUGCAGCGGAGUUAAUACGUCACUUCCUGUCUCUGUCUGCUGCUCCACCUCUCGCCUGAAAGGAGGAUUUGUUGCUGUCGUGAACGGGUCUGUGCAGAGAACCUCCUGCUGUAUUGUGCAUGUGUGAAAGGCAAACUGCAGGUGAAGUCAGUAGCCAAUUCUCGUCAUGUCUGAAAAAGGCUUAUCAGUGAGAAACGCCGAUUGUAACGUGUCCGCUAAAAGGAAGUAUAGAUCCGAUAUUCCGUCCCUGAUUCAGUUGUUUCCCUCAUUUGCCUUCAUGUAUUUGUACUUUAGAACUUCUGUACUGAUUGUGUCUACUGUACGAGCAGUUGAAGCUGGUGAAACAUGGAACAGAGUAAGUUGAUUUAAAUGUAAAAAAUGUGAAUAUCCUUUUUUCCAGUGGAUUCUUUUCUCCUCUCUUUCACUGUAAGUGAACCUGCAUCUCCAACAACUUAGGAAGUCAUUUGUAACGUUUUGCAAAACUGGGAACAGUGUAAAACAUUUUCCUUUCCUGCUCUUAUUAAAAAAAAUCUUGACCUUUUAA